AGUGUUUCGGUUGCACAUGCAACAGAAGAGCACCUCAUCUGGCACAGGAGCUUCUCGACGGCUGUCGCACUUCACUGUUCUGCCCGUCUUUCUGUUCUGCCAUGCAUUAUACUCCUUCGAGCUGUUGUGUUAAUUAUCUGUUCAGUUGACCGCUAAUUUAUCUGUAUAAUCUCGUAAUCUGGCGACAUCUCAGGUUACAUUCCCGACGCCAUUCGCAGCGCCUGCUUUGGACUCGACGUAGCUUCACGAUGCCCUCGCCAUAUUCCACCCUGCCCGAGCGCGACUCUUGGUUUGCGCCUCUCUCGAUUGAUCUCAUCGUCAAGGUGUUCAAGACGACCUUCUUCCAUCCGUUCGUGGCAUGGAUCAUCCCGCUCUGCUUCCGCGCCCAGAACAUGUUCUGGGACGCGCCACCCAUGCUGGUCUCGAUCGCGUGGGCCUCGUUUAUCUCGCUGAGUUGGAUUGCCGGGGCGAUCAACGACCGGCUAGCCUUUGGCCUGCCGCGCGAAGUGGACCUUAGCGAGGAGGUCAUUGUCAUCACGGGCGGCGCCAGCGGGCUGGGCCUGCUGAUUGCCGAGGUGUACGGUAUGCGCGGGGCUACCGUCGCCGUGCUGGACGUCGAGGAGAUGGAGAACGGCGAGGCUCGGGGUGUUAAAUACUACAAGUGCGACGUCACGGACAAGGAGCAGCUCGCGUGGGUGGCGGCCGAGAUUGAAACAGACCUCGGCACCCCGACUGUUUUGAUUAACAACGCAGCCAUCGUCAUCGGCAAGCCCCUUCUCUCGCUGACCUUUCCCGAGAUCGAAAAGUCGAUUUCAACCAAUUUGCUCAGCCACUUCUACACCAUCAAGACCUUCCUCCCGGCUAUGACGCGCAGCGAGGUUGGCGGUACCAUUGUUACCAUAUCCUCCGUAAUCGGCACCGUCGGCGCCGCCCAGCUGACUGACUACGCGGCCGCCAAGGCGGGCAUAUCGGCCCUGCACCGCUCGCUUGCCGCCGAGCUACGCGAGUCGCACCCGCAGAUCCGCACCGUCCUUGUCACCCCGGGCCAGCUGAGCACCCCGCUCUUCUACGGCGUGCAGACGCCUAACCGUUUCCUCGCCCCCGUCGUCGAGCCCGUCGACGUCGCCAAAGAGGUGAUUGCCGCGAUUGAUACCGGCCGGAAUGCGGCGAUCGGCAUGCCGCUUUAUGCGCGGUGGAUUGAUUGGUAUAAUGUGCUUCCGCUGGGACUGCAAGCCGUGGCCAGGAGGUUGGCGGGUGUUGAUAACGGGAUGAAGACGUUUGUGGGGAGGCAGGGGGCUAAGAAAGAGCAAAAGGAAGGAUUGAUACAGGGGUUCUGAGAUAAACUUCAGAAGGGGCUAGGCGCUGGCGCCGGGCAAAACGGUGGUCAAAGGAGUUAUUUUUUUUGGGGUCGAUGAGCUUCUAUAAGAACUGAUGAUUGCUCAUGUAACUUCACCAAUGCAGAUAUGGGAUCAACGAACUGGUGUGACUAUAGUCCACGCAAGGAAGUCGACAGGCUAUAUAGAGGUUAUGACUGAUCGUUUGAUGAGCAGCGUAUUCCAACGAGCAUUCCACGGCUGGAACACAAUGUAUAUUGGAUUG